CAUGGGCUCUGAGGAGCACCAACCAUUGCUCUCACACUCACAGAUUUCAAAUUUGUCAUCAGAUACUGUUGAAGAAUUCUUGGAACAUAGGCCUAUCGGGUUGCGAUGGUGGCCUAAGCUAGUUGGGUGGGAGUCAAGGCUCCUAUGGCUCCUCUCCGGGGCUUCUAUUAUUAUGUCCAUUUUCAAUUAUAUGCUAAGCUUUGUCACCUUGAUGUUUACUGGGCAUUUGGGGUCUUUAGAGCUUGCUGGGGCAUCCGUAGCAAGUGUUGGAAUUCAGGGUCUAGCUUAUGGGAUUAUGCUGGGGAUGGCAAGCGCGGUUCAAACUGUGUGUGGGCAAGCAUAUGGAGCCAAAAAAUAUGCAGCAAUGAGCAUCAUACUGCAAAGAGCAAUCAUCUUACACAGUGGUGCAGCAGUGAUUCUCACAUUUCUCUAUUGGUACUCUGGGUCUAUUCUAAAAGCCAUAGGGCAGUCAGAAAGCAUAGCAGAGAGAGGCCAAGUAUUUGCACGCGGUCUUAUUCUUCAACUCUAUGCAUUUGCAAUAUGCUGUCCUAUGCAGAGGUUUCUCCAAGCUCAGAACAUAGUGAAUCCUCUGGCAUAUAUGUCUGUUGGGGUAUUCCUUCUGCAUGUGCUUCUCAGUUGGCUAGUUGUCUAUGUUCUGGGCUACGGGCUUCUGGGGGCAGCCCUUACUCUCAGCUUUUCUUGGUGGCUUCUUGUCUUGUUAAAUGGGCUUUACAUCAUUCUUAGCCCAAGGUGCAAGGAAACUUGGACCGGAUUCACCAUAAAAGCCUUCCAAGGAAUUUGGCCUUAUUUCAAGCUAACAGUUGCUUCUGCUGUAAUGUUAUGUUUGGAGAUAUGGUACAAUCAAGGAUUAGUGCUUAUAUCAGGGCUGCUCUCCAAUCCCACAAUCUCACUGGACUCUAUUUCCAUUUGUAUGAAUUACUUGAACUGGGACAUGCAAUUUAUGUUGGGCCUUAGUGCAGCAGCCAGUAUCCGAGUUAGCAAUGAAUUAGGAGCAGCUCAUCCAAGAGUAGCAAAAUUUUCUGUCUUUGUAGUGAAUGGAACAAGCAUCCUCAUCAGCAUAGUUUUCUGUGCGAUUAUUUUGAUAUUCCGGGUUUCUUUGAGCAAGCUUUUCACUUCUGACUCUGAAGUUAUUGAGGCUGUUUCUAAUUUGACUCCAUUGCUUGCCAUCUCUGUUUUCCUAAAUGGAAUUCAACCUAUACUCUCGGGGGUUGCAAUUGGAAGUGGAUGGCAAGCCGUAGUUGCUUAUGUAAACUUGGCUUCUUACUAUGUCAUUGGUCUUACUGUUGGAUGUGUUCUGGGCUUCAAAACUUCUUUAGGAGUAGCUGGCAUAUGGUGGGGAAUGAUACUUGGAGUUAUUAUACAGACAGUAACUCUAAUAAUUCUGACUGUCCGAACAAAUUGGGAUGCAGAGGUUGAAAAAGCUAUUGUUCGCAUCAAGAGAUCUGCUGAAGAUGAUACCUUAGACCAACUGGUUGCCAACAUAUAGAGGCAUUUUAUCUUUUAUUCUGAGGGCAUGGUAGGAAAGCAUUUUAGCUGCAGAGUAAUUUUGUUUUGAGCUACAGGGCUAUUGUUGUUUGGCUUCUUCUCUCUCUGCCAUUUCACAUAAUUUCGAUAAUCAAAUAAG